AUGUCCGAUGACGACUCGUCCCUCGAGGAGAUCCCAUGGGUUCCAAUUUACGUCGGACAAAAAGAUCCCGACUCGUUCGCCAAUCGAGAGUGGACAUCGGCACCCGGUGAUCGUUUCCCCUUCGACAUUGUGUUAGGGUUGAAAUAUUUGAGCAAUGUCUACAAGGUGGUCGUCGACGUGAAUCCGGAGCUCGUUCCUGCGAAAAUCGAUGUUCAAGUGGGACGGGGUGAGCCGAAUUGUGAAAACGAUUUAGAUGCAGCCAAAGCCGCUCACUACGGAAACAAGGGGACACUCGUUUUUAAGAUUCGCGAACGCGGAAACAACCGAAUGGAGGGAAGAUCUCUCUUCGCUGAUCACGUUGGGCAUUUUGUUUGGCUUAUCGUUUAUAAACCGUUACCGCUAUCGAAAAAUCCACAAAAUUUGGUUGGCAUCAAUCGGGUGACAAUUUUGGGCUAUCCAGUGGAGAAAGAUCGACCGAGAAGGGCGCCGAGCAAGAGCCGGACGAGAGAUCGUUCCUCAUCAGCUCCGCGAAGACCACAAUCGAAUGGACGAGCGGGCACGCCGACGAGAAUGGGAACGCCGACACGAAUGAGCACUCCACAAGGAUCGGAGUACGCGGUGACACGGUACAGCUACGAAGGCGAUGGGAUGAGCACGAGCUCCAGCGGGAUCUCCGGUGAUCCGUUGACCUCAAUUCGAACGGUGAAGAGGGCUUUACAAGAGAAAAUGGAUGGAUCGGAAGCAGCGGGCAAAAAUGUCGAGGCUAGGGUUUGUCGGCGAGCGAUUCAACGCUUGGAGGAGUAUGAGGUGCGCAUCGAGGACCUGGCAAACCGACGGAGUAAAGCCCUCUCGGCUGGUGAUACACCAGCGGCGGAGCGCUUGAAUCUCGCGAUGAGCGAUUGCCGGGACACGGCUUUCCGCGCGAUUCACGUCGAUCUGUUGCUGACGAGGAACGAGCUUCGCUCGAUCGGCGUCGGGAGUCGGUGGGUCGAGGAGGAGGCA